GAAUAUCCACAAUCCUGGGACCUAGAAAAGGCAUCUUUGUUUUCCCAAACAAAUCUGCAACAGUUUCUUCCUUAUGAAUGGUAAAUAGUAAUCAGAAAGAAAAGAGCAGCCAUGUUUUGGUAUAGAAACUUAAUCAAAAUCUCAACAGCAACCAGACCGAAAAGCCCCAUCACCACAAAUCUCCUACUGACUUCCUUAUCCCACUUCAGCACCGCCAACCAAUCCCCUGCGGUGGCUCAGCCUUCAGGGCUGGGACCCACCAAGCCAAAUGAGAAGCCAAGGGUGGUGGUGUUAGGGUCAGGGUGGGCUGGUUGCAGGCUAAUGAAAGGCUUGGACCCCAACCUGUACGACAUCGUUUGCGUGUCACCUAGGAAUCAUAUGGUGUUUACGCCGCUCUUGGCUUCAACUUGUGUUGGGACUCUCGAGUUCAGGUCCGUGGCUGAACCCAUUGCCAGGAUUCAGCCCUCGAUUUCUUCCGCACCCGGGUCGUAUUUUUUUCUUGCUAAUUGUACUGGUGUGGAUACUGAGACCAAUGAGGUGCAAUGUGAGACUAUUACUGCGGGAACUGACGCCUUGGAUCCAUGGAAGUUUAGGAUUUCUUAUGAUAAGUUGGUAAUUGCAUCAGGAGCAGAGGCAUCAACUUUUGGAAUCCAUGGUGUGAAAGAACAUGCAACCUUUUUGCGUGAGGUUCACCAUGCUCAGGAAAUUCGCAGGAAGCUACUUCUGAACUUGAUGCUAUCUGAUGUGCCAGGGGUUUCUGAAGAAGAGAAACGUAGAUUGCUGCAUUGUGUUGUUGUAGGAGGUGGUCCUACAGGAGUUGAGUUUAGUGGUGAACUUAGUGAUUUUAUUAGGAGGGAUGUUCACCAAAGAUACACACAUGUAAAAGAUUUUAUCCAUGUUACACUGAUUGAGGCAAGUGAGAUACUGUCUUCGUUUGAUGAUCGCCUCCGACGAUAUGCAAUUAAGCAGUUAACAAAGUCAGGGGUUCGUCUAGUUCGUGGGAUUGUCAAGGAUGUUAAACCUCAAAAUCUAAUUCUUAGUGAUGGUUCAGAGGUUCCUUAUGGAUUGCUAGUGUGGUCAACAGGUGUUGGUCCUUCUCCUUUUGUAAACUCUCUGGGACUUCCAAAAUCUCCAGGUGGAAGGAUUGGUAUUGAUGAGUGGCUUCGAGUUCCUUCUGUGCAAGAUGUGUUUUCAAUUGGUGACUGCAGUGGGUUUCUGGAGAGUACUGGUAAACCUGUGCUUCCAGCUUUAGCUCAGGUUGCUGAGAGACAAGGAAAGUAUCUGGCGAACCUAUUGAAUAAUAUCAGUAAAGCUGGUGGAGGACAUGCUAAUAGUGCCAAGAACAUAGACUUUGGAGAUCCAUUUGAGUACAAGCAUCUGGGAAGCAUGGCGACUGUUGGCAGAUUCAAGGCUCUUGUUGAUCUGAGACAGAGCAAGGAGGCAAAAGGGAUAUCUCUAGCAGGAUUCGUCAGCUGGUUUAUAUGGCGUUCAGCAUAUCUAACGCGUGUUGUUAGCUGGAGGAACAGAUUCUAUGUUGCUAUUAACUGGCUGACAACUUUUGUGUUUGGUCGUGACAUAAGCAGAAUAUAGAUUUGAAGAGAGGUCAAUGCCAGGUUAGCGGCUUGGAAAGUUCCUCUGGUGUUCAUCGGAGAAUGGGAUUAUCAAUGUUGCAAGAUCUCUAGUUGUUGCUCUGCCGUGUGAGCCUCCACUCCAAAAAAGGAAUCCAAUUCAAUAAUAACACUAUUGAUGCUAUUGACUAAAGCAUAUCAUCCCAAAAGUACCUAAAUUUCCCUUUGGCUAGUUUUUUGCUGUUCUUUAUGCAUUUUGUGUACACAGAAUUAAGUGAUAUAUUAAAUCCACGGCAGUGUAGACUGAACUAUAUAAAUAAAGAUCAUUGAGUUACAAUAGA